AUGCGUACCGAGCCAUCCGUGACAGAAAAGAGCCUUCCGGCCUUGCCAUCUAGGGCGAAGCAACAGCACAAGGAGGAUGACCGAAGUCGACGAAUGCGCGACCUGCACAAGCUGUGGAAACGCCCGCCAGUGACGUUCGCGUCCAGCGAGCCUGCGGAGGAGAUUCUUAGCCUCGAAGAAGACCCACCGCAAAAGGCCCAAUUGCUACGAAGAGACAAUGAGACACUAAGGCAAGAAGUAGCAAUGUUACGUGCAGCACAGCGCACCGACAAGAAUCGUAUCGAAGACCUCGUCCAAGAGCUGGACCGCGCACGUCAUGACAAUGCGGAACAGAGCCGACGAAUUGCAAGAGUGAUUAGCGCCGUCAACAAGGCAUUUUCGGAAUACAAAAAGUGGAUGCGAAAGUCGCUGGAGAUGGAGUCGGCAGAGAUAUCGUCGUUGUCCAGUGGCGAUUCACAGGGCAUGAUUCCCAUAGGCCGAAGUGCCUUCUCCGAUGAUGAUGACGAUAGUCUGUAUAGUUCUUGCAUCUAG